GAUGAGGGGGGGGGCAUCAACCCCCACAGGUGUUGCCCAACCAACGUCGAUAACAGCUGUCACUGCUCAGAAGUUGACGUCACUGACGGCGUGACGCGCGUUCUGGUAAAGCGUGGAGGGGAAUACCCCCCGAAACCCCCCCCCACCCUCCUUCAUAUCGGCUUCAAAAGAACGCGCGUUCGCGUUCGACUUUACUUUCCUGGUUUUCAAGGAACGCCGAUCUUCUCGGGCAUGGAGAACCCGGACAUGGUGGAGUGUCCCAUUUGUGGGCGGUUGUUUAAGUACUGGGACAUACAAUUCCACUCUUCCAAUUGCCAUAAAUUUCCAUCUCCAUCGCCGUGCAGCUAUGAUAUGGAGUGGAAAGACCGCAAGAAAGAGUCAAACCAGGGUGCGACGAAAUGUCACGAAGAUGAAAAAGAGGGGAUACCAAAACGCGUCUCUUUCGACGACCCAGAACCUGAAGAUCACUUCGGCAAGAUGGAAAGGCACACGGGGAGAGAUGAAGGUGAUAAGGAUCAAGCAGAGGGAGGGUUUGAGCCAUGCCAGCCGUGUCCCGUGUGCUCCGAGAUGUUUCUGGAGGAUAUAAUCGAUUUGCACGUCAAUUACUGUUUGGAUAACGAUGAAGAAGCACAGCAACACGUGCCCAGGACUGACGUUCCCAAUUGCCAGUCUUCACUCAAUCAGCACUCUCAAGAUGAAUCGAUGGAACGUCCUGAGGACGAGGCCGAUGAUCAUUCCGAAGAAAAGGAAGAACAGGACACAAAAUCAGAGGACGCAGAAAACAAGCACCUGGAGGAGGCAGCAUCGGAACAAGUGAAUGGGCAGGAUGAGGAUGGCGAGGGGAUCCCUUGUCCUCUGUGCCAAUACCGCUUCCCAGAAGAUGUUCUACAAGAUCAUGCCGAAAUGUGUGGGGAGCAAGAAGACGUCAUCUUCCGGUUCAUCAAUUCGGAGCCCCGUAAUUGUCCCAUUUGCGACGAAACGUUCCCCAUCCCGCAACUCCUUCAGCAUGCAGUAUUCUGCGAUGGAUGGAGGAGCAAAGAAGAGGGCAAGGCCAAGUCAGAAGUUGAUGAAGAAGAGGAAAAAAUAAACAGCCAACGUAUCCUUGACAGACUAAUACAAAAUUGCGCUGACGGCGGUGAAGGGAACACAGAGGGUGCCGUGGCUACAACAGACAAUUCUACGGAGUCAUCGCUGAUUAAAAUUUUUACAACAAUCAGCAACCUUCUGGGCAAGGACAGCAAUUGGAUAAACAAAAUGGAAGAAAUGUGGAAGCAAUGUGAUGGAAGCCCAAUCAAGUUUAUUGACAAUUUCAUGAAACUAAAUUUCAACAAAGGCGUGAGUGGCAUCGGUCCAAACAGCCUCAUUUUUGAGAUAAUCAAGUUCGUCAUGAGAAAGAUGAAAAACCAGGAUGAGCGUAAUACAGUUGCUUUGCAUUGCAAAGGACUCUUCAACACGAGCAUAUUGCCAUGGGUUGCGUCGAUCGGGGGAUGGGUAAGCCUCAACUCGUCUGUACUGUGGAAGUCACUUGAGCUGUGUACUUUUAAAUCAUCUACAUUGAAAACUAAUUUCUUUAAUACUGCUUUUUGUGUUUAGUUUGUUGUCCUUUCCCCGCACUUUCGAUUAGUACGGUUGGCUACGUAAUGAAAACAUGUGUUUAGAUUAUUUGGAUGCUAUGGAUUUCCACGGGAUGGGCUGCUUCGUUGGGCUAUAGUUUUAGGCCAGAUCUCUUCUGAAGAAUAAGCUAAUAGCUCAAUGGGCUUUGCCUGGUAAAAUUAAAAGUA